AUGUCAGAUUCGGAUUCAGACGAUGACUUCUUUAAAGCAUCUUCUUCUGAGGAUGAAAAUGACUUGAGAAAUCAUAUAGAAGAUAUUGUAAUAGAAUCAUCAAAACCUGAGGCUAAAAUUAAUAUGGAUGACGAGUUUGAUUUGUUAGUGGUAUCCAAUAAUAAUAAUAAUAAUGAUAAUAAUAAUAAUAAUAAUGUUGAUAGCAACCAUACCACAUUGGAUGAUGUAAGUCCCACAAAUGCUUCACCUGAAGAUUUGAAAAGGAAUCAUAAUUCUGAUUCUGACUCAAUAAAUUCCGAUAAGAAAGGUAAUUCGAAAAAUUCAAGAAGGAAAAGAGCAAAAAUGAGAAUUCUCAAUAAAGAUUCAAUUAUGAUAGACGACAACAACAAUGAUGACAAUGAAGAAAAUGAUUCCCUUUCUGAAGGAAGUAGUAGAAUAAGUUCACCCCAAAAGAAGAAUAACUAUUCAGAUUCAGAAGAUGAAAACGAUCUAUUUUUCAAAGAAUUAUCAAGGAAGAAAUCGCCUCCAACUAUCGAAGCAUCAGCCUUACAAUCAUCAGCAACAUCAACAACUGCAGAAACAAAAAGGUUAUAUACUAUACGAUUUAUUUCUAAAUUGGAUGGAUCUAUUAAUAAAUCAGUAAGAGUGAAAGUUCUUGGAAAAUUUACAUUUGGAAAAAUUUUACCCUCUGCUUUACAAGGCUUACAAAAAGCUUAUAAAAUACCUGCUGUAAUGAAAAAAAUUUAUCAAGUAGAUAAUGUUACAUUAUAUUGGAAUAGUGCAAAGGUAUUGGAUUUUAUGACUUGUAAUUCUCUCAAUAUUAAACAAUCUUUCGAAAAUGAAAUAUCGAAUGUUGAUAUAACGAUCAUCUCCAAAGAGAUGGAAAAGAGUAUUGAAUUAACAUCAAGGACCGAACGACAAGAAGCAGAAGUAAGAGAGGCCAUGGAGCAAGCCCAAUUAUCAGGCCCAAAUGAUUCAAAUAAAGACAUAAAUGGAUCUAAACAUAAUGAUCAAAGUGCAGAUUUAAUUAUAGAAGAAUUUGAAAGGGAGUUACAAGAUGCGGUACUACCAAAUAUCACUACUAAUACUACCACUAGAAAUGAUCAAACACCAGAUAUAGAAAAUGAUGCAGAAGAAGUUAUGAAAAUAUCAUUGGUUGGUAAUGAUAAUAAAAAGAUUUUUGUUAAUGUUAGGGAAGGAACAAUAUUAUCAAAAUUAACAGAUUACUAUAGGAAACAGAAAAAACUACCUCAAAACACUAAUUUUGAAUUAUUUUUCGACGAUGAAAAACUUAAUUUAUCUAUGACCAUAAAUUCUUACGAUAUCGAAGAUGAAGAUAUGAUUGAAGUAAAAAUAUUAAAUUAA